UUUUCAACUGGGACUGCUCAUAAGGUGUUCAGCUUUCCCAACGCGAAUACAUCAAAUUGUUAGUGCUCUCGUUUUUCCAAAAUUUUACGUACGAAAAAAAGUGUUCAGAAAAUUAUUCCGUUUGAAAAACGCACAAAUUUUUAAAAUUAACUGGGCCACCCUAAAUCCCAAUGGCCAGCUCCAAUGUGUCCGACUGGGAUGAGCCGCUGCCGACGUCGACGGACUCGCUGCCCGCGGAGGAGGACCCGGAUGUGUGCGCCGAGGAGAACGUGAGGCGGCGGCAGGCGGAGAACCUGGCCAGGCUGCAGUCCUACGUGCGCCGCAUGGCCUACCAGCCGGCCAUGCCGCCCAAGGCGAAGCCCUACGACGUGGCCCUGUCCAAGCCGAAGCUGCACACGCUGAUCGACAACUACGAGCAGUUCAAGGACGUCUACGACCCCGGGCUGCGGGCCAGGCGGAUGAAGCGGAUGCUGGGCAAGUACAAUGCCAUCACCACGGAACAGCUGGAGGAGAUCCUCAAGAGCAACAAGACCAAGGAGCGCAAGAAGGAGAACUUGCUGAAGCGCAAGCAGGAGCUGUACUACAGCAUGCUGACCAAGCUGGAGCGGCAGUGCCGCACCCAGUACCUGAACGUGCUCAUCAGGAAGUUCGCCAAGUUCAUCGCCCACCUGGCCACCACGAUGCGCAUUCCGCCGCAGCUGGUCGAUCCGUAUGCCCGCAUGCAGCGUGGCAUCUUCUGCAACAUCCUGCUGGCCAUCGGCGUGCAGCCCGCCUCGCAGUCGGCCAUCUACUACACCAGCCAGGAUGCCAUCGAGUACGAUGUGUGCCAUCGCCUGGCCCACGCUUUGCUCAGCCUGAUCAUCAAGGCCCUGGACUCGGCGGCCACCAGGGAUCCCAAUGAGCUGGCUAGACCGGCGGACAUGGACUUCGAGAUGGACAACCACAUCAAGCGGCGGCUCAUGUGCGCCGCCGAGAAGAAGCUGCUGUACGAGCGCAGGCGCAAGAUGAAGCCUUCGCAGGCGCAGGCCAUUGGAGCCUUCGAGAAGUGCACCCGCUACGAUUGCGAUUAGGAUGACUCAUCCAGUAUAUAUAUAUUUGGCUAUCAUUGCUUA